CUUGAGAGGGAAGAGCUGCUGUGGUGUAAUGGGAGACCGAGGUACGACGUGGAAAGGCAGCACGUAUGCCUUUUUAUUAUUCAAAAACAAUGAAAUCCAUCGACAACAUGAGAACCCAUUCUGUCAGCUUUCAGUGUAGCAUAUCGGCCAACUGAGUCACUAAUGUGAAGAAGAAGUCGUCAUGGACGGGGGGUUGACUGUCACUUUUAUAUCGGUUGCGAUGUUUGUAGGUUGUUUUGCAUUUGGAUUCAUUCCACUGUUGUUCAGACUCUCUGAGAAAAGCCUGCAGUUUGUCUCCAUCCUGGGAGCAGGACUCCUGUGUGGGACAGCACUGGCCAUCACCAUCCCAGAAGGAGUGGGCUUACUGGAAGAGUCAUGGAGAGCUGCAGCAUCCUCAUCCUCUGAUGUGCCAUCCAGUCUGAAUGCCAGUGAAAAAAAUAGAAAUUCUACUUCCACAGAGAGAGGCCCUCCACCUCGGUUCUUUAUUGGGGUGGCUUUAACUUUCGGGUUCACCUUCAUGUUUGUAGUGGAUCAGAUCGGAAGUUACUUUUCCAUGCGUGGCCAAACAACUCGUUUGCCUAAAAGUGUCGGCAUCACAGCCACUUUGGGGCUGGUUAUUCAUGCUGCAGCUGAUGGAUUCGCUGUGGGAGCAGCUGUAGCCACGGGACAAGUGACAGUGCAAGUGAUAGUAUUUUUAGCUGUGAUCCUACACAAGGCACCUGCAGCUUUUGGUCUGGUCUCCUUUCUGAUGCAUGCAGGCCUUGAAAAGAAGUACAUUCAGGGGCAUUUACUGGCCUUUUCAGCUGCAGCACCUGUACUUGCCAUCCCCACUUACUUCAUAUUACAUGCUUCUGGCAGUUCAUCUCAGAACCAGCUCAGUGCGACAGGUGUGGGAAUGCUCUUCUCAGCCGGGACUUUCCUCUACGUGGCCACAGUGCACGUUCUUCCUGAGGUCAGCAGCAGGACGGUCCAAACUCCCUCGGACCUCCAGCCGCACACUGGAGCCGAGGCCCACCAUCAGCGGCACCUGGGGCUCCUGGAGAGCCUCACUCUGAUCCUCGGGGUCGGGCUCCCGAUGGUGCUGGCUCUCGGGCUGCAUGACGACUGAGAAAGAAACGUCUGUCUCAUAUACUGUAGUGUUCUAUGGCACAAUGAUUGAAUGGACAAAAUGUGCCUUGAAAGAGAGUUUUACCUUGCUGUGUUAAGUCUCAUUGAAGCUUGCUUUUGAGUCCAGCUAUUGUUUAUGCAUCAAAAGAGCUCUCCAGUGUCUAUAAAGAAUCUGAUAGCUAGUGGACUAGUUUCCAUUCCAGGAAUGAAGAAGAGCGCCAUUUGUUGCCAAGUCUGUAUUCAAUACACUUUCUCAAUGCCCUUUUAUUGUCUGACAAAUAAACUAAAAAGUUGAGGACAUG